GUUUGUCUCGUGGAAAAAACAACCAAUAGACUGAGCACUGUUUCAGGUUCCCUGUCGAUUUUCCAGACAACCUUCCUUAGGCUAGUACACGGACUGACACGUAACCAACGGUUUACGUGUGUUGAAUAGCUCAUUGGGGUAGGGACAAGGAGGGGAAAUUGUACUAUUAGGGUGACAUCCCUGUCCAAAUAGUAUAUAUUUUUUUUUGCAUAACCGAGUUGGAAGCAUGGAAGCAGGGGCGUGCGACAAUGCAGGUGCUCCUUUCAUUGAGCGGUCCUCAGGACAGGGAGACUUGUCUGGGAGCAGUGAUGAGGGAGAAGGCACCAUGGACAAGGAGACAGUACCAGCAGCAGAGAGGGCAGUGGAGACUGAGAGCAUGUUGAAACGGCUGUUUGGGUUUGAGAAGGAGGACCUGUCCUCCUGGCAUCGCUUGGUGUGUCUCCUAAACCGCCCCACUGACCCUGCUUCUCUGGGCAUUUUUCGCUUCCUGUUUGGCAUGAUAAUGGCUAUAGACAUUACACAGGAGAGAGGCCUUAGCCACCUGGACUACAAGUACCUGGAUGGGGCUCCCGUGUGCCGCUUCCCUCUCUUCAGCUUCCUGCAGCCGCUGCCUCUUGAUUAUAUGUACCUGGUCUAUGUGGUGAUGCUCUUUGGUGCUGUGGGAAUCAUGUUGGGCUGUUUCUACCGCCUUUCCUGUCUCAUGUUCAUAUCCACGUACUGGUACAUCUUCUUUUUGGACAAAACAGCUUGGAACAACCACUCUUACCUCUACGGACUCAUUGGCUUCCAGCUCACAUUCAUGGACGCCAACAGAUACUGGUCAAUAGAUGGAUUACGUAAUCCCAAAAAAAAGAAUUCCCAAGUGCCACUUUGGAACUACACUCUUCUGAGGUUUCAGAUUUUUAUAGUAUACUUCAUUGCUGGAAUCAAGAAACUGGAUGCAGACUGGGUAGAGGGAUAUUCCAUGUCAUACUUGGCACACCAUUGGCUUUUUGACCCUUUCAGGAUGAUUCUGCCUAAUGAAAUGGUGAGUCUGCUGGUGGUCCAUGGAGGUGGUCUUUGUCUGGACCUGUCUGCCGGCUAUCUGCUGUUUUUCGAUGCCACACGCCCUUUUGGCAUUUUCUUUGUCAGCUACUUCCACUGCAUGAACUCUCAACUCUUCAGCAUCGGUAUGUUUGCCUACACUAUGCUGGCCACGAGUCCUCUCUUCUGCUACCCCGACUGGCCCAGGCACUUUUUUGCCCGCUUCCCGGAGAUCCUCAGGCCCGUGCUGCCGCUCACGUCUCCUCCCCCACAGCCCAGCACCUCCUGUGUUUACCCAGUGACCCAGCACAUAUCUACGGGACUACAGGACUUGUCCCCUGCCCCCAAGGCCUCCAAAACACGGUUUAAACACAAGCUGGCAACCCUGUUCACCAUUCUGUACCUGGCUGAACAGUUCUUCCUGCCUUACUCUCACUUCAUCACACAGGGCUAUAACAACUGGACCAAUGGCCUGUAUGGGUACUCCUGGGAUAUGAUGGUUCACUCCCGAUCCCACCAGCAUGUCAAGAUCACCUACAAAGAUGGAAAAACAGGAGAUGUCGGAUACCUCAACCCUGGGGUGUUCACUCAGAGUCGGCGGUGGAAGGACCAUGGGGACAUGCUGAAGCAGUACGCCACCUGCCUGAGCCGCCACCUGCCUCACUACAACAUCUCUGAUCCAGAGAUUUACUUUGACAUCUGGGUGUCCAUCAAUGAACGCUUCCAACAACGUAUCUUUGACCCCCGUGUGAACAUUGUGAAGGCAGACUGGUCACCAUUCCGUCCAAAUCCCUGGCUCAUGCCUCUGCUGGUGGACCUCUCUCCCUGGAGGACCAAGUUCCAGGAGAUCGAGGGCUCGUUGGACAACCAGACAGAGAUAGUCUUCAUCGCAGACUUCCCAGGUCUCCUUCUAGAGAACUAUGUCAGUGAGGACCUGGGCAACACCAGUGUUCAGGUGCUGCAGGGCCAGCUGAAUGUUGAGAUAGUGGAUGAGAAAAAGAACUACACGCUCCAACCUGGAGAGCAGAAGCAGCUUCCUGCUGGGGCCUACCAUAAGGUGUACACAGUGUCUGAGGGGCCGUCCUGCUACAUGUACAUCUACGUCAACACCACAGAGGCAGCGCUACAGAGGAACUUCACUAAGCUGUUUGAACUGCAGGAGAGGGUCCGCAACGGAACAGAAACGGAACCCCUCCCUCCAGAGCUCCAGUCGCUCAUCACUGGAGAAAAUGAGGGGUCAGAAGCCAAUGUGAUGGAUCCCGUUGUUCAGCUAUUCCUACGGCGACAGCGGAGGAUGAAAGAAGUAAAGAAGCGCAGAGAAGCCAAUGUGUGCGAAAGGCUGAACCGGUUUACUGUGAAAAAGUACUACAUGUUGCGUCGAGCGUUCCUGAUGACAGCCAUUGCAAUGCGUAACCUGGCAGUGGGCCUCCCUCCUCUGGAGCAGCUGACCAGGGAAGUGGCCUUUGCGAACAUGAAGGAACCAGAGAGUGAGGCCAGCCAGGACCUCAAGGAUGAAGUGGGCCACGAUGAGCUCUAGGAGUGUGUAAAAUAAUUUUUAUGUGAAUGUGCUUGAAUAACAGAAGGCACUAGACUGUUACUAUACUAGGUACACCAACCCAGUAAUCAAACAAAGGAUUUUCAUUUUAAUGGUUUUGAACAUUUGGAAAUAUGAAAGAGAAAUUACUUUAAUUGUUUGGGGAGAGGUGGGGUAAAGGCUGCAUUGUAUUUGAAAAUAUGUUUGAAAUUAUGCAGGGGCAUGUUUCUGAUUGAUUUGUCUUAUGACUGAUCUUGCAGUUUAACUGAAAAUACAUUCCUAGGUUGUUCAAGAUCACAUUGUUCUUUUUGGUCUUAUUUUGAUAUUUCCAUAAGUAUUAUAAUUGAAAAUCCAACAUGCACCUUCACAAAAUGUAUGUUUUUUUUCUAUCCCUAACUAUACCUUUUUUUAGACUGACUCCAGUUGUGAAAAGUGGUGAUCAACUUUAUAUGCUACAGGUAACUGCCAAAAUAAAGGAAACACCAUUUUAAAACCCCCUAAGCUCGAUGUCUGUGCCCCUGCAGAAAUCUAAUUAGCAUAAUAAAAAAUCUCCAUAAAAAUGUGUCAGUUUAAGCUAGAGAUUUGUUGUGUCUCAAGCCACUGCAUCCAGGUGACAGCAUUAGAGCGGUGUUUGUCAGACCAUGAGACAUCCUGAAACAUUCUCACACGAGUCUUGGGACUUCUGUCUGUGGCAUCUGACUAGUUUGGGCUACACAUACUAAUAUGACCCCUCUGUGUUAAGUUGAGACUCUCACGUACAUGUUGCUCAGAAGACUCAUCUGAAGGUCCCCCGGUACCAGUAGAAAGAAUAUGGAUGUGCAGUGUAUAUAUGAAGACUGUUCAGUGACAAAUAAGGGGUUAAGUACAUCCCAAAAAAUGUUUCCUGAUUUUUAUCUCUCAGCUAUAGGAUAGACCCUUCAGAACAAACUUCCUUUUAGAGUUUUAUGUGGGGAAAAUUGUUCGAUGUAGUGAAUCUGUUAUUCAUUGCGUUUGUAUGGGCUAAUAGCAGUAAGGCCAAAUCAAAUCACAAAAUGAUCCUUUGACUCAUAGGUUAAUAGGGUGUUGGGCCACCACGAACCAGAACCGAUUCAAUGCACCUUGGCAUAGAUUCUACAUGCGUCUGGAACUCAUGUUGGAGGGAGGCAACUCCAUUCUUCGAGAAGUUGUUGAUGGUGGUGGAAAACUGUCUCUGGCACUGCUCCAGAAUCUUCAAGUGUUCAACCUGGUUGAGAUUUGGUGACUGAGAUGACCAUGGAAUAUGGUUUACAUAAAUGUCAUGCUCAUCAAACCAGUUGGUGAUCACUCAUAUCCUGUGGAUGGGGGCAUUGUCAUCCAUUCGGGGCAUAGCCACGGUAACCAAAAUAGCCUGCCCAGCAUUUUUAUACAUGGGGUGAUUUUUGUUUAAUUAACUCAGGAACCACACCUGUGUGAAAGCCCCUGCUUUCAAUAUACUUUCACUCAUUUACUCCAGAGUUUCCAUUAUUUUGGCUCUUACCUGUAGCUUUACUUUGAGGCCAAAUUAUGAACAUUGAUUUAAACAUUGUCACCAUUUGCAUUCCAAAAUGCAGUUGGUACUUUUCAAAUAAAGAGCCUGAACAUGAAA